AUGCUCGACUUUAUGGGACUGAGCUUCGUGGUGCUGCUCUCAGCAGUGGGAGCAGCAACAAUAGACAGAGUGGAGUAUGACUACUACAAAUACCAUCCCAUGCCGGAGAUCUCCAAAUGGAUGGCUCAGAUUAAACAGGAUUACUCCGAUGUUGUAAGCAUAGUGGAUUAUGGUUAUUCCUACGAGCACAGGACCAUCAGCUUGCUGAAGAUCGGCCUGAACACCGGAGAGAGAAAGAAAGCUAUCUGGAUGGACUGUGGUAUACACGCCAGGGAGUGGAUCGCCCCAGCCUUCUGUCAGUACUUUGUCAGACAGAUUCUGCAAACAUACAAAACAGACCCAAAAAUGGAAGAAAUGAUGAAGAACAUGGACUUCUACGUCACGCCAGUGCUCAACGUGGACGGCUACAUCUAUUCCUGGAAGGACAACAACACUCGACUGUGGAGGAAGAACAGAUCACCGGGACCUUCAGACUGCAGCUGUCCCGGCACCGAUCUCAACCGCAACUUUGAUGCCAACUGGGGCACAAUUGGUGUGUCGACUGACUGCUGCUCAAACAUCUACUGCGGGAGCAAACCCGUGUCUGAGCCCGAGGCCCAGGCCGUGACUGAGUUUGUUGGAAGCCGGAAGGACGACUUCCUGUGUUUCCUCACCAUCCACUCCUAUGGCCAGCUGCUCCUGGUUCCCUACGGACACCCCAACUUCACCGCCUCCAACUACGACGAGCUGAUGGAGGUGGGUUUGGCUGCAGCAGACGCCAUUAAGAAGGUGCACGGGAAGAACUACACUGUAGGAACCUCACCUGAUGUAUUAUACCCAAACUCUGGGUCAUCCAGAGACUGGGCUCGGAUGCAGGGGAUCCCCUUCAGCUACACCUUUGAGCUGAGAGAUAAAGGGACUUUCGGCUUCGAGCUCCCGGAGGAUCAGAUCCAGCCGACCUGUGAGGAAGCCUACAGAGGAGCCCUGCACAUCAUCACCUACGCCCACGACAAGACCUUUAAUAGUGCUGUGGCCGCCACUGCCGCGACCCUGUGGACCAUGCUGUUAGCACUGGGUGUCACCGGCACCACCCUGAUGUGAGGUGGAAAAAACGUACAUCAAACUACAUAUAUGGCUACAGAAACCGUUUUUUUAACAGCUGAAAAGUGUAUUUGAAUGUUUAUAUCUGUCCACAAACUUCCAUACGUGUCAUAUUGCAGCCAAUAGUUGGAGUUGGUGCAUUUAAUUAUUCCAGAGACUAUUUGUUUUCA